UUUGAAACUUAUGUUUCAAACGUUUUCCAGUUUGAACUCUUCUUUGUGAAAGUUAUAUGUUGUAACAAUCAGUUACUUUGCUGAAAACUAUAAUAAUUUUAUUUAAAUUUUAAUUUAUAUUGUAUUUUAAGUUUAUAUAUAAUGACGUCGACCAAAGAAGACGAUAAGAGAGAAAUUCCUGAAAUAAUACAUGAUCCACAAACUAACAGCACGUAUCAAAGAUUACGAUUUUUUGGAAAGGGUGGCUUUGCAAGAUGUUACGAAAUGCAAGAUAUAACAACAAACGAGGUUUAUGCUGGAAAAGUUGUAUCAAAGAAACUCCUUGUGAAAUCCACUCAAAAGGAAAAAACGGCCCAAGAAAUUUCUAUUCAUAGAUCCUUAAAGCACAAACAUGUUGUUGGCUUUCAUAGCUUUUUUGAAGACUCACUUAAUAUUUACAUUGUAUUAGAACUUUGUAAGAGACGGUCAAUGAUGGAGUUACAUAAACGUAGAAAAGCCUUAUCUGAGCCAGAAACAAGAUUCUAUAUGCAUCAGAUUCUACUUGGUGUUCAAUAUUUACACCACAAACGCAUCAUUCACCGAGAUUUGAAACUUGGGAAUCUGUUUCUUGAUGACGAACUCCAUGUUAAAAUUGGUGACUUUGGAUUGGCAGCGAGAAUUGAAUAUGAAGGAGAGAGAAAGCAGACUGUGUGCGGCACUCCUAACUACAUAGCACCUGAAAUAUUGACAAAGAAAGGGCAUUCCUUUGAAGUAGACAUCUGGAGCUUGGGCUGCAUAAUGUAUACACUGCUUGUUGGCAAGCCGCCGUUUGAGACAUCCACAUUGCAAGAUACGUACAAGAGAAUAAAGAAGUGUGAAUAUAGCUACGGGAUUGAUCUUGCGCUUCAGUUUUGCUGUUCGGGCCCAUGGAGUUUACUCGGUGCCCGAUACAUACAAGCAGUUAUCAACGAUAACACCGUCAAACAACAAUACAGAAUCCCAUCAACACUUCGGAAACCAGCAGCAGCAAUGAUAGUGAUGCAACUUCAAUCAAACCCAGCACUAAGACCAUGUGUGGACAAACUUCUGCAGCAUGAGUUCUUCACUUCCGGAAUCAUGCCGGCUGCGCUGCCACUGUCAUGUUUGACCACUGCCCCCAGAAUGGAUCAGCUGGUUGAAGGUGACAUGCUCCAUAGACGCCCACUCAAUGAAGUUAACAGUAAUGAACAUGUGAUGAUCGUUGACUCACCAAUGAAGAGAGCAUCCACCAUCACCGAGCGGCCUGUCGAUCCCAACGCGUACAAGAAAAACCUGUAUGCCCUGCGAGACCAGCUCUCCGCUAUGUUACAUAGCAGCAAGCUGAAAUGUCGCCAAGAGUGUCUGACUGAUGAGCUGAGCGACCCCGCAGCGCAGCCAUUGGUCUGGGUGGGGAAAUGGGUUGACUACAGCGACAAGUAUGGGUUUGGAUACCAGCUGUGCGACGAAAGUGUGGGUGUCAUGUUUAACGAUACCACCAAACUCAUCAUGCUGGCGAACGGCUUGAAUGUGCACUACAUCAACCGGCAGGGCCAAGAGCAGUACAUGACUAUGCGAGAAUAUCCCACAGAUCUUGACAAGAAGAUGAAACUCCUCACCUACUUCAGACGAUACAUGUCUGAACAUCUCAUGAAAGCAGGUGCAUCGGUACCAGUAAGGGAAAGUGACGGUCUGUCUCGAUUGCCUCAUCUUCACCAAUGGUUCAGAACAACAUUAGCUGUCAUUAUGUACCUCACCAACGGCACACUACAGAUAAACUUCCAAGAUCACACAAAGAUAAUCCUCUGUCCACUGAUGUCUGCAGUUACCUACAUUGAUGUCGACAAGAACUUUAGAACAUUCCGGUUCAGUACCAUUGAGGAACAUGGCUGUGAUAAGAAACUUUAUACAAACUUAAAAUAUGCCCUGGAGAAAAUCAACAGUGUAGUAGAUAAGACAUUAGGAUAGUUUAGAAUUAAUUUGACCUAUUGUUUAGCAAGGUUCAAUAUUCCACUAAUUUGGAUUGUCAAAUGAGGUGUUGUAACCAACAACCAACAAAUGUUGUAACUGCUAUUAUUGGAUAAUUAACUUACAACUUUGACACAAAUUAAGGUAUUAUUAUGUUCAUAUAAUAAUUGAUAUACAAUAAGUACAUUUUCAAAAUAGUUUCUAAUGUAAUUUGUUAAUAUAAUGAUGAUUGUUGUUAACACAUUGUUAUUAUUGCUAAUUAACUUAAACAAAAUUAAGUAGAAUGACACAUCAGGUUUUUAAAUAUCUUAUAAAAAAAAAAUUAAUGAAUUUGUCUAACUACCUAAACUAUUAAAAGUUUACUAUUGCCUGCAUAAUAUAAAGUAUGUGUUUUGUGACACACUAAGCGGGUUUUCAGAAACUGAUAGCUCUUAGAUGAUGUCUCUUAGACUGUUAUGAGUGCACUUGGACAGUGAAAAUCCCAAUUUAGGGAACACAUUGUGACAUAGCACAGUUGUGUCAAUGUUAAUAUUAUGAAAAUGUAAAGAACAUUAGCCCUAAGUCUGAGAUCUAUAGAGCAACUUAGACUUUACUUACAUAAAACUUAACAUGAGUGUGAUUGAUAGCGAACUUGACUUUAAGAUUGGGUUGUUUUAGCUUAAAAGCUCAGCAUAAAUUCAGCUAAAUUAAAAAAAAAAAACACUGAUUCUGCACCUGGCUAAGUUUUACCAAAGUAAAGUGUAAGUAGGUCUUUAGAUCACAGCCUGAGACCUGUGACUGGGCAGUAUUAAUUAUAGUAAAAAUAUCAAUUGUGAGGGUAUAUUUCAAUUAAAAUAAUAAUAGCACCAUGACUGAGUGGCCGAGUGCUACAAUUUAAACAUAAUUUGUAGACUUUUAUUUAGUUUUAUAAAACUUUAUUUUAAUACAUUAAUUACACUACUGUGUCUAACCCCCUUAUGCAUAAUAGUCUGCUAACUUAAAGCAUUGCUAAUUCUCACUCUGUCUUCUUCUAUUGACCUAAGUCAGAAUGAGAAAAAUCACUCCUUAGCGGCUGUUUAAAGUUAGCGGACCAUUAUGAAUAAGGGGGCUAAAGUAUUCCAUACAACUGUUUUUCUAGAUUAUAGAUUCUUGUUGUUUGUCACUCAUAUGAUAUCUCUUAUCCAUUAAAAAUUUAUUGUAUACUUGAUCAGCUAUUACAGAGAUGGAAGUGAGUAUUACAGUUAAUGUGAUGUGCUUCAUAUCACAAACAAUGAUGAAUUAACUUCUAACAGAAACCACUUUUUCCUUAUAACAUACUUUUAUUACUCCAUUGUGAAGUUAUUUGAAAUAAAUAAUUACAAAUCAUUAAA